UCCCCACUCUAACUCUGCCUCCUCUCCUACCCAGAAGAGCAAGAUAAAGCUCUAUUUUUUUAUUUGUUCUUCUGACCAUCUCCAUAAGACCAUAACUCUCUUCUCUAACCAUGUACACGUUUUUCUCCCAAAUCUCAAAAAUAUAACAACAAAUCCAUAAACAUGAAGGUAGCCUACAUGCCUCUUCGGGGACUUUAUUAAAAUUGAUUUGCACCAUUGCUUCAUGAGGGGAUUUCCUAUGUCUCCGGUUUUCUUCCAACGUCUUACUCAAAUCUUGCACCUCGAAUAUAGCCUCUAUGGUUAGUCGAGUGCACACCGGACUGUGAGCUUGAUCAAUGGUGAAAGGCAGAGGAGGCAGAUUUGCUUGGUUUGAUAUGCCCAUACCAUGGCCGCCUUAAGUAGCGUUCGCGAUGGGUUUUAUCCUCAAUCUUUUUCAUAAAUUCAUUCAACAUUCCUCUGUCCACCAGACCCUAAAUCUUGAAUUUCAACUGGUAGCAAUCAGGUGUGUGGUGUACCUUUUCUCUAUGAAAUUCAAAGUAUCUAUCUUGGUUGUGCUCAUUAGGUUGUCCGUGCAAUGGACAAGGUGAACACACCAUAAUUACACAUGUUUAUUACUUCAAUUAUUGAUCGUUUGACUUUGGUUUCUUGCAUCUCAGGAAAAUUUUACGCUUGAUAUUUUGACUUUGGUUUCUUGCAUCCUCUGCACUUCAUAGAAUCGACAUUUUAAAACACGGCCGAGUUUUCUAGGUUAGAGGCCGUGUUUUUACGUCUGUGCGGGUCUUAUUGGAGAGGAGCUCAUAUUUUUAAGGGACCGACUUUUGACAGCAAAGCAUAGUUCUAGAGAGAAAAAAUGACAAAGAACAAGACCUAGGAGCUAUUUGGAGCUGAUUUCUCAUCAUUGAAGCCUGAAUUUUGUCCCAAGGAGUGAAGAUUGAUAUCCCAUAGCAGAUUAUACAAAUCUCCAUUAGCAUGGCAGCUUUGUACUUCGUUUUCCUUUCUCUCUCUUUAUGGAGUAGACCUCCUUCUUACUUGGGUAUGUAGAACCCUAGUUCAAUGUGUUAGGGAUCUUGUUUGUAAUGUCCUUUGGAUGCUAUACUGGUUGGUUUUAAUCAAUUGAGGCAUGAUUUGUUGAGCAAAUUGGAUCUUGAUCACAUUCUUUUGAUUUCUACUUUGACCUAUGAUAGAUAUAAUCUGAUUAGGUUAAGAGAGCUUCCUCAAUUGAUAGUAGUGAAUUGGUCGUGCGAGAGUCAAUCAAUUCACUGCUUUGUACUGGAAUUUAUUCCCAUGUGUUCUCAAAUAUCAUCACGAGAUGAAAGCACAUAUCGAUCUAGGGUAUAGUAUUAACGCUAUGCCUUUUAACAUUUGUAGAUCGCUUGACAUAUACAAAUUAGAGAGCAUAAAUAUGUUCAUUCCCUAGGCCGACAACCCGGUUUGUGAACCAUUGGGGAUGACAAGGGAUUUGAAAGUAGAGAUAGGAACUUUCGUGUUCUCCCUCGACUUUGUAGUACUCGAUAUGAGCAGGGACGAUAAAGACUAUACCCUCUUUGGGAGACCCUUCUUAGACACUUUUGGUGCAUUGAUUGACAUUCAUAAGCAUCAAAUUAUGAUGAGAAUCGACAAUGCAAAGUAUACUAUCCAGAUGAUUACUCCAGAAGACAAGAAGGAGGAAUACGAUCGACAAUCAAAGAUCUACAUCGUAGAAUCUGAUUGUGACUCCUCAGAAACUCCUAUGCCCGACUAUGGGAAAGGUUUCGACUAGACACUUCCAAUCGAUAUGGAAAAAGAGCUUGAAUUCCACACUAGGGAAUGCAACGAGGGAAAUUUGCUAUCCCCAGAUAGCAAGCGAGAUUUCAAGUUGAUGAUGUGUAUUUUACGUCAAUAUUUACGAGUCACCUAAGACUCUCAACUUUUCAUCCGAUCCAGUCCUCGAUUCACCUGUCCCGGAUGAUCACUUUGGAGAAUGGCCCCUAGACCUUUAUUGGUCUAAUCAAUAGAAUAGGGCACUAGCGAUGCCUAGCUCAAAGGCAUUAAAGAGAGGGCUUUACUUGGGAGGCAACCCAUCUCGUCUAACUUAAAGUCACUAAAGAAAUCAUUGGUUUCCACAUGCAUCUUCACAACAACUUCGUUGUUUUUUACCCUAUUAAUAUCCUUCAUUCGAAUCCUUGUUUAUGCAUAAGCGAUACCAUAUGUUUGCUUGCAUUUCAGACCUUUGAGCUUCAUAUGCCCAUUUGACGUGUACUCGUAAUGUGUUGGCUCUUAUUCUUUCCUCUCCAUAUUUUUAGAGUUUACCCUUAUUAAUGUAUGUCGCUAUGGAGUUGGGAAGGGUAAACAUAGUGGAGAGUGACCACUUGGUGUAGUGAUUGAUCAUUUUGUGUAUAUAGAUCGAGGUUCGAGCCCUAUACAUGUUCCAUGACACAUUUUAAGCAUGUGUAGAUGUCUUGAUCGACAUUGGUUUAAACUUUCAAAUCUAAGCACCUGUAUCGAUUCGACAUGGAAUGAACUAAAGUGUGGGGUAAUCGAUUGGGCAUCACCCUAUGUGACUUUCUCUUCACAAUCGAAUCACGUUGAUACAUGAUGGUAUCUUAGCAAGCCCUAUCAUUCCACUCUUCGACUUUGGGGAGUGAGGGAUUCGCCAUUUCACCAUCAUACAUUUCAAUGCCACUAUGGCCUUGUCUUUGGAAAGUCACCUAGCAUUGUCGCUCUCUACUCUUUUUGAGUUGGAUUGGAUUGCCUAGAGAGAGCCAUUUGGGAGAACCUCUUAGGUUUUGCCAGUAGAAGAGGAGGUGACACACUUGCUCUCUCCGUCUUACACUUUCUUUUGCUCGUAAAAACCAAACAUCAAAGGAACUAGCCGGUUAGACUGGAUUCUCUAAAUUAUGGUAACUUCGUCCUACUUUUUUCCUACCACCUUGUGAGGUCCAAUGAGGACAUUGUUCCAUUUAAAGUGUGGGGCGGGGUUUAGGUAGACUGGUGUUCAUUUGAUAUACCAUGUUCCGAUUGUUCAUGCAUAUGGGAAAGGGUGCUUCAUACCUAAACACGUAAAAAUUACAUGAAUCUCACUUUGGAGGAAAAAUUGUUGUGGGUAACUGCCUUUUCACGCCUGUGAGCGUCUUCACGGCCAAGUCUUUGGCCGUGAAUAUCUCGAUAUAUUUAAUCCCAAUUCCUCAAAUUGGGAAUUCCCAUCCUAUUUUUCACGGUUUGGCUCACAACCGUGAGGCGGCCCUUGGGAAGCAUGGGACGACCCUCCAAAGGCAGUCACAUGCGUAUUAUGUUACGAGGAAUAAAUUUUCUGUGUGUAUUUGCGCAGAGAGAUUAUGCCUCGUGUCAUGAGCUUGGUGUCUGAUGUCAAGGGCCAAACGUGGAAUGUCACGGUCUAGGCCAUGAAUUCUAACUCCUGGCAGGACUUUUGAGUCUCGGUCACCAUUGUCUCCUUUUGGCCUCCAAAUAACCAAAACUCGGUCAUAUGCCAUAUCCACGUACUUGGACCUGAAAUAUGACAAAAGAAGUACAACCUAGCGUAAAAUAGACCAAGGAACGACCAAAACAAAGCCAAACAAUUAAGAAUGAGCAUCUAA